CACCCCCCCCCUCCGCCGGAAGCAGGAAGCAGAGGCCGGGCCCGCCUCCACCGCGGGCGGGAGGAGCCCGGAGCCGGGCGGCGGAGCGGGGGAUUUUUCAUCGGAGGCCAUGGAGCUUUCAGCCAACGAGCUCAGCAUCUAUGACAAGCUAUCAGAGACAAUUGAUCUGGUGAGACAGACUGGGCACCAGUGUGGGAUGUCAGAAAAAGCCAUCGAGAAAUUCAUCAAGCAGCUCUUGGAAAGAAAUGAACCCCAGAGGGGCCCUCCCCGCUACCCUGUCUUAGUGGCCAUCUACAAGGGCCUGCUCACACUGGGACUGGUCUUGCUAACUGUGUACUUUGUGAUCCAGCCAUACAGCCCUCUGCCACCUGAAACUCCACUCUCCAGAGCCCAUGCCUGGGGCUCCCUCAUCGGUCACAUCCGGCUGCUCUCUCUCCCUAUUGCCAAGAAGUACAUGCUUGAGAAAUGCCAGGACUGGUGGGCAGCAGGUUGCAGACAAAACACUUCUACACUUUCUGCAAACUGCACAGCAUGUUCUACUGUGAAAAGCCUUCAGAUUGUGACAGACAUCGGGGAACUAUCAGAAAAACUCCAGAGGUCUCAGCCUUUUUUAAUCAAGACAGGACAAUCUCUCUCCUAUGAAGAACUAAAGCACUUUCAGUCCCAGGAUCCUGAACUGGCAGAGAUUAUAAUAGAAGAAAAUUCAUCUGAAUUGUGGAGCUGCCUUCCAAGACAGAGCUUCCCAUUUUUCCUUCCUUGGAACAGGUCUGUGAACAGAACUCACAUCCUGCAGGAAUUUUUCCCUACUUCUUCUUUGCUGUCGUUCCCCAAGACAGUCUCCCUAGAGAACUGCUUUCUAAUCCGCCGUCCAGAUUUGGGGAAUAAGAGCUACAGUUUGCACAGCCUCUUUGUUGUUGGAAGUGGACAGCUCACCAUGACUGUUGUACCUCUGAACAAGUGCAGAGGACACUGUGAGAUGUUCAAGGUGGAUCUGGAAGCUGGAGAUUUGGGUUAUGCCAGCAUGGAUUACUGGACGAUGAGCUUCGUGGCCAAAGGGACAGAGCCAGUGGUUGUUUGUUAUGGAGCUGCUAGCUAAGGACUGUGGCAUAGGAAAACAGAGCUACUUCUAGAACAAGAAGACUUUCAGUUUUGAAGCCAAGGCAACAUCUUGAAAGUGAUAGAGUGGGGCAACUGUGACAGGCAGCUUUGCCACCUUGCGUGUUUACAGUGUUAAAAAAUGACUGUUGUCCUGACCCUUGAGGUAAUUCUUUGCCUUUUCUCAGAUGUAUUUUUGGAGAAGCUCAAGCUAUUUAUGACCUUUCCUGUCCCCUCAGGUAAGCUCUGGGCUGGCAGCAAGGGUUUUUUUCCAGGAGCAACAGAAGGGUUUCUCAGGAUGAGAUUAAUCUUGUGUCCUUUCUGGAUUUAUGGCACUUCUGAAACUUCGGGGGGGGGAGAGGGAGGGAAGGGAACAUUGGGAGUGGAGGCUGUGUGUGACGUUUCUGUAUACAUUCCUCCUGGGGAGGAGGCUUGAAGUCUGACAUGUCAGGCCAUCUCUAUAAAGGGAAUGAAUUGACAUAUCCCACCUCCAUCCCAUCUCUCACACAUGUAGCUGUGUGCCUCAGCAGUGUGCCCUGCAUCGCCAGCCUCAGCUCUGUGCUUCUGGGCUCACACAAGCACUGCAGCCUCAGUGCAGAGAGCCUCACUCACCACACCAUUCUUGUACCAAAUGAAUCUGUUCAGACCUCUGUGAUCACUCUUCUGCAGUUCUCUAUCAGCAGGCUGCAGGUGAGUCAAACUGUGACUGUGCUUUCUUCCCCACUUCUUUCCCUGCAACAAAAAUGCAGGUUUCUGUGAGGUGCUGAGAGUGCAGUAGUAGUUCUGUUUGGAGAUAGGGCUGGAUGCAGAGAAGCUCUCUGCGAGAUCACCUUCUGAUUGUGCACCUGAGACACUGGGGUUGUGUGAUUGCUUUCAUAUAUCCCUUGCUUUGAGGUACUGCUUGUGUUCCCAGCCCAGGCUACCUGUGGGAGCACCAGGAAUUUUCCAUGUCCCUAGCUUUCUUUUUUCUUUUUUUUUUUGGCAUCAAUUUCUUCCAGACCUGAAACUUUGUCUUCAGAAUGAAUGUUGGUUUUUCCUGAGUCUGUUCCAAGCUGCCUUCGCAUGCUUCCUGUUGCUUGAGCAACUGCUUUAUCCAGUGCCCUGAGAGAGGCUUGGUUUCAGUGUUUGCAGGCUGCGGAUGCUGCUGUCCCUUCCAAGUUUGAUCCUUUGGGUCUGUUCCUGCUGCUGAAGAUCAUUUACAGAUGUGUCAGGCUGAACUCAUAGGCCAGGGCUGGGGUUCAGUACAUACUCUCACACUUGUUAAUAUGGAAUUGGGAGGGGUUUUGUUUGAAAGCAAGUUAACUCCGUUCUCAGGAGCAAGAACCUUUUCCUCUGUAAAUAUUUUAGAUAUACUUAAAAUGAUAGAUUGGAAAAAUGUCUACCCAGCCUUUGUUUUUGAACAAGAGCAGGCACAUGGGAGCAAAUGUCUUACUAAUCUUAUUAGGGGCUGACAGCAGCUGCCAAGUGGGAUGACCACGUCUGGCUCCUGCACAAGGAUAAGGCAGAGGACGGUUCCUGCUCCAAAGAAUUUAGCCUGAGAGAAUUUAGUCUGCAUCACAAACAUUUCUGUGCAUAACCCUUGUUUUUCCUCCUGUGAGCUAAUGAGAACAGCCCCAGCACUUGUGUUAGUCUGUGUGUUUGGCCUUUCAUACUGCACCAAUGUGCUCCAAGUCCAGUAGAACUGAAGGAGGUUGACUCUGAACAGAAAAAGACUAAUUUAAGUUGUAGUAAAAUAUUAAAGGGAAUUGGAUUAA